AUGAUUGGUUUACCUUUCCAUAAAUGGAAGUUGAAUUUUUAUGAUCCUAACUUUGAAGCAGAAUUUGAAGUCCAUUAAAACAAAAUUAGACUUAUAUCAUUUCAAAUGAUUAACUUAUUGAUUUCAGUAGCAGCUCUUAUUUGUUUAAUAACAUUUGUAAUUCAAUAGCAGCCAAUUCAACUAAUAAUAAUUAUGAUUGGAGUAUUAGGAGGUUGCUUUUUUAUGCUUAUAAUUGCCAAGAAAUUAGAACCUUAUUUAAGAUAAAUAUUCUCAUUUUAUUAUGUUUGGAGCCUAUCUACAAAUAUUUUAAUCGCUUUGAGUGGAUUAGAUAUGUAUUACUUAAUUCAUAUUCAAGACCUACCUUUGUACUUGGAUUUAAUACAUGUUGUUUAGCUAUUGGUACUAUGUAAUAUAGCGAUAACAGAUUGAAAAUAGUUUAUACAAUUAUCACUCCUUUUAUACUACUAGGGGUUUUUGAUAAUUAUAAAGUCAGUCAAAUGCAUUUUGUAUUUUAAACAAUUGCUUGUGUUGUUUGUAUUGGAAUUUGGACAUAUAUGCAGGAAUAUACAGCACGUUUAGCAUUUUCACUGAAUUUAAUUGCCAACAAAUAAAAGUAAUGAAAUCUUUAUAUUAUAGAGAUCUCAUCAAUGAAUUUAUAAAUGAUGCUAUGUUUGGUGUCAGUGUUGAUUCUAGAACAAGAUAAUUUAUAUUAGAAUUUUAAAACAAAAAAUUUGAAGAAAGCAUGAAUAUUAAAGAAACUGAAUAGAUGAAGAUUUUUCUAAGGUCUUGUUAUUUAGUUAUAAAGAACUAAGAGAGUCAAAAAAGAUUAAUAGAAAAAGGAAUUUAAAAAGGAAUAAAAUUAGAAGAAUAUUUAUUUAGAAGAAUUAAAUCAGUUUUUGAACCAAUUUAAUAAGAUAUUGAUAAUGAAAUUUAAAUAAUGUAUCAUAAUUUAAUUACUGAUUAAAUAAUAGGAAUGAAAAUUUUAUUAAAGUAAAUGAAUUUUGGAAAGCCAAUUAUAAUAGGAAUAAUAAAAUCUGAACAAGUAUAAGAUUUAAUAGGAGAGCAUUAAAAAUAAAUAAAAGAACACUAAAAACUAAUUAUUAAUUUUUCAACUUAAAUUGUAUCACAAUAAGAAAAUUUAUAUAAAUAAAUAAAGAAAACUAAAUUAAUAAAUCUUAAUCAAUAUGAAUAAAUAAUGAGUUUAAAGUGUUUAAACUUAUCAAUAAUAAAUUACAUUAGGAAUUAUAUAUUUUAUUUUUAAAGAAAUAAAAUUUCUACUCAAUAAUAAACUUAUGAAAAGUUUUAGAUUCAUGAUUAUCUUAAUAUAAUUUAAAAAUAUUAUGAAUCUUUAGCAUCUUAUUAUAAGUUGAAAUUUAAUAUUUUUAAUUAUGUUGAUAAAAAUUGUCAAAUAAAUAUCAAUACCAAAUAUUUAACAUAAAUUUUAAUUAAUAUCUUUGAAUAGAUUGCUAAAUAAUCAAAUUAUAUCAAUAAGGUUACUCUUAAAAUUGUUGAAGAAUUUACUUUAUAGGAUUAAGUUUUAGAAACAAAAAGAAAAGUUGAGGAUUCAUAAAGUGGAUCAAAGUAAAUAAUAGAUUUUAAAUUAAUUCAAUUCUAAUUUAAUGUUGAAAGUACAUAAUUAUUAUAAUUAUCUUAUAUCAAUAAUUUAUAAUAAUGUAAUAAAAUUGAAUAAGAUGAAAACUAUAUUAUUUAAGAAGUUACAACAUGUUUACUUGAUUGUCUUGGUCCAAUCAACACAAUAUAAAUGGAUUAAAAUGAAAAAUUAGAACAUGGUAAUUUUAGCAAUAAAUUUUCUUUCAAAAUAUAUUCUGAUUAAUCUUAAUUAGAACUAUCAUAUUUAAAGGCUAUUGAUAAACCAAUAAUAAUUUGA